CUGAACGCCUCUCGGUCGGCUCAACAGUUAAAGUGAAGUCACCUUUAAGGAGCUUGAAAACUGGAGCUACCGGAGCUUAUUCCCUUUAACUCUGACCUUCUGUGAAACCAUGUUUCCACUCGGAUCCACUCGGGAUCUGUGAGGCGAGUGAAACCCGUCGGAAUCGAGAGCCUCCACCAUGUGUCCACCCGGCCGUUCGCUCUGACCGAUUCACCGACGCCGGGUUGGAGAUGAGCUUUAUGCAGUGGCUGAGCGUUUCCAGGAGGCGGCGCUGUUGAGACAGGAGUGAUCGGGUUUCUGCCGCCGCCAUGGACGAGUUCUCAACCCGGACCUACGGCACCAGCGGCCUGGAUAACCGACCUCUGUUCGGAGAGACGUCGGCUCGGGAUCGGAUCAUCAACAUGGUCGUAGGAGGCUUCACAUCUGUGGUGGUUCUGGUGAGUUCUGCUGUUGAUCCAUUUAGUUUCAAACCCCUCCCACUGCCAGAACCGCUCAACAUCUUCUUCGCUGUCUGCAUCCUGCUGGCGUGCGGUUCCACCAUCAUGCUGAUAUUCUGGUACCGACAGGGCGACCUGGAGCCCAAAUUCAGGAAGCUGAUCUACUACAUGCUGGCCACCAUCGUGCUGCUGUGUUUAUGUGCCAACCUUUACUUCUUCGACGUCAGGUAGAGGAAGAGGAGGAGGAAGAGGGGACAUCAUGGCGUUGACUGACAGAGGGAGGUCCAACGUGGACCGAGACGGGAACGAAAACACGGAGGGUUAAAGUUCCCGGGGUCAGAGUUCAGACGGCGGAGCUCAAACAGAAUCGUUUACGUCCUAAUGAAUCCUGACCCUCCAGCGAGGAUCCAACUUGUGUUUCUGUGAUUGGAAAUAAAGAUCUGAACACAUUUGAGCCUCCACCGGGGGGCGCCAGAGAGUCACAGUGAUUCAAAACCAGAGAAUGAAAGUUGAACAUUGAAGUUGAAAAUGUUCCAGUUUAAGGAGGUUAGCUUCCUGUCGGGCGAUUCGAGGCUGAAACUGGAGACCUGAGACCUCUGAAUCUGGAUUAAAGGACAUUAAAUCCCACGGUACGUUCAGGGGACGCUCUACGGUCAGGAAUUCAAAGCUUCUUUUAGUUAACUAGUCCUCACAGGGAGAUUUUUCACUUUAAACCAGGAUCAAGUGAAGCUUUUUCUGCUUUUUUACUAAAUGCUUCUAAGCUGUUUGAUAAAAUUAGAGCUGGGCGAUUAAUCCAAUUAAUCCGAUUUUUGGUUUAUGAGGAUUUUAAUUUUGGAAAAUCUGGAUUUUUGUCCACCAAUUCUCUCCGUAAUUCAGAGUGAUGUCAGCACACAGAGGGCGGCCAUCUUGUUUUACUAUUAAUAUUAAUGAGAAUAGUCACAAUUACAACAGAAUAAAGUUUUAAUAUUUCCAGAAUAAAUUCCAUUAAAUAAUAUAUAGAAAUACAAAAUCUUUUAACACAUUAUCAGUUAAUCAUCAGGACUUUAAAACUGUGAAGGAAACAACAGAAUUUAUUUCAAAGAAAAAUCUACAAACACCAACUUAGUUACUGCGGAUCCUGACCUCUUUCUUGUAAUUUAGGAUUUUCUGGUAAAAUUGCGUCUUUAUUCUGAUAAUAAUCCGAUUUUAUUCCUGUAAUUAAAUAUAUUCUAGUAGCCUGGUCGUAUUACUCAGAUGGAUUUAAAUAAAAACCACAAAAUUUGAUCCAGUAUGAAAAAGUUACAUUUUAAUCUGUAUUAUAUUGCCCAGCCCUAACUGAAAUAAUCUGCUCCUUUAAUCCCGCUGGUGUUGAAUCUGAGCUGGACUCGUUACGCAUCGUUAGUCUGCCUAGAGACGAACGGAAACUAGAAUCAGCGUUUGUUCCUUAAAACUGGAAAAUAAAAUCAGUGGAAAGUCGAUUUUAGGUUCAACAUACAUAAAUUCACAGUUUUCCCCCCAUUUUGUCACUUUACUGUUUUUAUUGUGAUUUUAUAAAGUAACAGCCAAAAUAAAAUCAGUCAACUGGCUUCUGUGUAUGACUGAAUGUUGGUGGAAAUGCCGACGUUCCCUGAACGCCUCAGAGACGUUUAUACAAAAUGUUUCCUUCAAGAUCUGAAGGAAGGAAGGAAGCAUAACUGGAAACCAGUUUUCAGACGCUGGUUCACUUCCUGUUGUCCACAUUGUCUCUUUUGUGAGAUGAAAUAUUUCUGAGUUUCAUCUCAGAAAUAUUCUGAAAAAACAUGGAAGUUUCUAGGCUCAAAAUGUUGAAAGUUUGCAGAAAAAAACUCAGAAAUUUGGAGAUUAAUUUCACAUUUUAUAUAUAAAAAAUUCAACAUUUGGAAAGUUUCAAAAAAAAUUUAUCUUUUGGAGCACAGAAAUUUCUAUGUUUUUUUUUUUUAAAUUGACAUUUAUCUAAAAAAUUUAGAUAAUUUUCUUACAAACUGUCAACUUUUGGAAACCAGAAAAAAAUUUCCACGUUUUUCUUUGCUAAAAAAUUCUGUGAUUAUUUUCAAAAUGUCUGAAUAUUGUCUUGCAAGUUUUCCUUUUUUGGAAAUCAGUUUCCAAAUUUUUCUAGAAAUUUUCUGAAAUUAAAUAAAACAUUUA